CUACAAAGUUAAAAGAUGGCGCUGCAGACAUAUGGUGAUAAGCCUGUGGCAUUCCAACUGGAAGAGGGUGGCGAAUACUAUUAUGUGGGCUCGGAGGUGGGCAACUAUAUGCGGCACUUCCGUGGUAUCCUUUAUAAAAAGUAYCCAGGAAUGACACGUAUUGUUCUUUCCAAUGAGGAAAGAAAGCGUCUCGCCGAUUCCGGUCUUAGCUCACACAUAUUGGCCAGUUCGGUGUCUCUGCUCCGAGCUGUAGAAGUUGAUGAUAUUAUGGCCGGCAAUGAUGAGAAAUAUCGUGCAGUUUCUGUAAAUACCUCGGAUACUCCAGUACCACGGGAGAGCAAAUCUAAGAAGCAGCCACAAUAUGUUCCAACCAUGCCCAAUUCAAGCCACCUUGACGCAGUGCCUCAGGCAACGCCAAUCAAUCGCAAUCGGGUGCACACUAAAAAGGUACGCACAUUUCCYAUGUGCUUUGACGACACAGAUCCGACAGCGAGUCUGGAAAAUGCAGCACAGAAGGAGUGUUUAGUGCCCAUACGUUUGGAUAUGGAAUUGGAGGGACAAAAGCUACGUGAUACUUUCACAUGGAACAAAAACGAGAGCAUGAUAACACCUGAACAGUUCGCUGAAGUUCUGUGCGAUGAUCUCGACUUGAAUCCCCUGCCAUUUGUUCCAGCCAUUGCACAGGCCAUACGGCAGCAAAUCGAAGCGUUCCCUAACGACCCGCCUAUACUGGAAGAAAGCUGCGAUCAGCGCGUUAUAGUUAAAUUAAACAUUCAUGUGGGAAACACAUCACUUGUUGAUCAGGUCGAAUGGGACAUGUCGGAGAAGAACAACAAUCCCGAAGAGUUCGCCAUCAAGCUGUGUGCAGAAUUAGGUCUGGGUGGUGAAUUCGUUACAGCUAUUGCAUAUAGUAUACGGGGUCAAUUAUCCUGGCAUUGUCGCACAUAUGCCUUUAGUGAGGCCCCAUUAUCCACCAUCGAUGUACCGUUCCGAAAUCCCAGCGAUGCGGAUGCAUGGGCACCAUUCCUAGAGACGCUAACUGAUGCCGAAAUGGAAAAGAAAAUACGUGACCAAGACAGAAAUACGCGACGCAUGCGACGAUUGGCUAAUACAACAACAGGCUGGUAAUC